AUGUCCUCCUCCACAGCAUCAGAGAUACCCUCACACCGUUCCUGUGCAAGCUGUCGAUCCCACAAAGUGCGCUGCAUCCCGGACGAGCACAACCCUGCCGCCUGCCAGCGAUGUGUGCGGGCGAGGAGAGAGUGCGUGUUCACGCCGGUGCAGAGGCGGAAGCAGAGGGUCCGGACGGAUACGAGAGUCGCGGAACUGGAGAAAGAGAUGCGAGCCAUGAGAGCUGCGUUGAAGCAGAAGGAGGAAGAAGCCACAAAGCCUGCGAGCCCACCGAACCUGGCGGCGACGACCGCGACGACGGCGAAUCCACCGAACUUGUGGUAUAAGGAUAGCCUGCCACAUGCUUCGAGUCUAGGGCAGGAUACGACGAGGAUACAAGCUCAAUCGAUUCCAGCUCCCGCUCCGGUUCCUGCGGUACAGCGACAGCUCAUGUCCAGCUGGUCUAAAGUAUCCGACGCUCAGGGUUUUGAUGAUUCCCAAGAUGUCGUUGGCAAAGGCAUCGUUUCAAUGGCCACCGCACGACUUCUCGUCGAGUGCUACCGAACUCAUCUCUCCCCGCGAUACCCCAUCGUUUCCCUUCAUCCCGACAUGACGGCAGAGCGACUACGCGAAAAGGCUCCGACCUUGUUCCUGGCCGUCAUCGCCGCUGCUGCGUACAGAGACGAUUCGGACUUGUCAACCACUCUCGAUAAAGAACUGCUGCAGCAAUACGCCACUCGUAACAUCGUGCAGUCGGAGAAGAGCUUGGACCUCGUCCAAGCACUGUUGAUCAGUUCGACUUGGUACAACCCUCCCACCAAGUAUGGCCAUCUCAAAUACUACGAAUACAUGCACAUGGCGGCUGCCAUGGCCAUGGAGAUUGGCAUAGGAUCACGAUCUUCAAGAUACCGAAUUCGAAAAAUACGUCCAGACAUCUCGCCUCGAGCCCCUUCUGAUCAAAACCCCGACGCAUCUCCUCGGCAAAUGUCUGCCAGCUGGGAUGUGGCCAGCUUCGAAAGCAGAAGAACACUGCUCGCCUGCCACAUCAGUUGUACUUGCAUCUGCUUCACCAUGAGGCGGCCGAUGAUACUGAGAACCACGAACUACAUCCGAGAAUGCGUGGACCUGCUCGACAAGUACCCUGAGCUCCCCACGGAUCCCCUUCUGGUGGCUUGGGCUCGUCUGAGCAUACUGUGUGAAGCUAUCAGUACUGCUCUAGGGUACGAGGACGGUGGCAUUGAAAGCAUUACCGACGUCCGCACACAAAUCAUGGUGAAAGGUUUCGCAAGAGAGCUCUCGGACUGGCGUGCCAAUGUUCCGGAGCUUCCUAGAGGCAGUGAGGCGCUCUUCCUGAUGUACUACAACAUACGACUUUGCCUGUUUGAGCUGGUGCUGCACAUCGAACAUUCUCCCGACGACUUUAGAGCUCCAUAUCAGAUGGGUCUCGUGCAGCCGUUCGAUUCACAAGACGUAGAUGACAUACCCACGCAAGUGCUGGCUGAAGGCAUUGCAGAAUGCAUAUCAAGCGCCCACGCGGCCAUUGACAUAUUUGUGUCUAUGGAUGACGACAGUCUUAAAUCUCUCACCGGCUUCGAUUACGUCCGGACAACGGGGUCUCCGUUCGUCCUCGCCAAACUAUGCCUCUCAGCCGUACAACCUCAUGGCCGUAUCGGCUCGGUUCUGGACCGCACAACUCUCAAAGUCGAACACUAUAUGGACCGCAUAAUCUCCCGAGUACGAGGCGUCCUAGACAAGCACCGAACUCGCUCUCCCAUGCUUGUGCUUGCUCUACUAUCUAUGCUGCAACAAUGGUGUAUUGAUCCUUUGGGGAUGAGUCGCAACUUAAAGAUCGAGAUGGAGGAGAUGGCCUCGAGCGCCAAAGCAGAAACGAUGGACACAGAUGAGGAGUAUGAGCGGCUCGCGGUCAUCAAGCUGGAGGGCCCUCGUGUCGAAGAGAUGAUGAGCAGUCCAGAAGAUUCCGAACCCCAGCAGACCGAGCCUCAGGCCGACCGACCGAUUCCACGACAACACAAACCAGACCACAUUGCUCCAAUGUCCGCUAAUGUCAACAUCCCGCAAGCAAACUUUCCCCAAUUCCUUGGGCCACAAAUGAACCAGCCGCACCCGCAGAACACGGCCAACGAUCAUAACAUAGCUUUGAACACCAACACCAACGACGACAUUUACGCGCACUCCAUGGACUCCAUGAACCUGGAAAUGGACUCGUUGCAAUUUAUGGGCGAUAUGAGCGCUUUCAAUGGCGGUCUGACGGGUCUUGAGCCGUGGAAUGAUCUUCCUGCGGACGUGACUGAUAUGGGUGACCUAAAUUGGGCCAUGGGGUCGACGAACUUUGAUCAACAGGGCGGGCC